AACCAGGACGCCACGGCUCCGCCGGACGCGAUGGCUCAGCCCUACCCCCCGGCCCAGUACCCCCCGCCCCCCCAGAACGGGAUCCCUGCAGAGUAUGCGCCGCCGCACCCCCACCCCACGCAGGACUACUCGGGGCAAAGCACAGUACCGGAGCACGCCAUGACCCUCUACACACCAGCACAGAGCCACGCCGAGCAGCCGGGCACCGACGCCAGCACACAGUCCAUAGCAGGGACGCAGACGCAGACAGAUGAGGCGGCACAGACAGACAGCCAGCAGCUACACUCCUCAGACAACACAGACAAGCAGCAGCCCAAGAGGUUACACGUCUCCAACAUCCCCUUCCGAUUCCGGGACCCUGACCUGCGGCAAAUGUUUGGGCAAUUCGGGAAGAUCCUGGAUGUGGAGAUCAUUUUCAAUGAGCGGGGCUCCAAGGGUUUUGGGUUUGUAACUUUUGAAACUAGCACAGAUGCCGACCGGGCACGGGAGAAGCUGAAUGGCACCAUCGUAGAGGGCCGGAAGAUUGAGGUGAACAACGCCACAGCCCGGGUCAUGACGAACAAGAAGGCUGCCAACCCCUACACCAACGGCUGGAAGCUGAACCCAGUGGUGGGAGCAGUCUACGGCCCCGAGUUCUACGCAGGUAACGUCAGGUUGGGGUCGGCCCCGCCGCGGGUCCCCCUGAACAUUGGCUCCGCACCGUCCCACGUUUGUCCCCUCCCUCCUGCAGUAACGGGGUUCCCGUACCCUGCCACGGGGACGGCCGUGGCCUACCGAGGGGCACACUUACGGGGACGAGGACGCGCCGUCUACAACACCUUCCGGGCUGCCCCGCCACCGCCACCCAUCCCCACCUACGGCGCGGUCGUCUACCAGGACGGGUUCUACGGAGCGGAGAUCUUGCAGGGGGGCUACGCCGCCUACAGAUACGCCCAGCCUGCGGCAGCAGCGGCAGCGUACAGCGACAGUUACGGCAGAGUGUAUGCAACGGCAGACCCGUACCACCACACCAUCGGCCCCGCCGCCACGUACAGCAUCGGCACCAUGGCUAGUCUAUACCGAGGAGGGUACAGCCGCUUCACUCCCUACUAGCAAGACA